AUGGUUGAGAUUUUUGAUCCUAGCAAGGGCAGAUUCAUUGAACAAGACUUGGUUGGCGAAGUGUCUCUCGGUGCCGUGGAUGUUGAGUGCAUCUUGGCCUUGGAGAACCACGGACUGUCGGCAGAAGGUAUUCUCGGUGAGGAAGGUGAGGAUGUUAAAGAUCGAGUGCUGCCUCAAUUCCUGAGCAAGACCACAGGUAAUAUAGUCAUCGAUGAUCUGAUUGUGUACAUCAGAAAAAAUAAAUCUGCCGACGAUGAUUUCCUUCGGAGAGUUGUCCUCGUGUUGCUCGGAAUAGUUCUUGCUCCCAUGUCAAGCAAGACUGUCCCAAAGCAAUAUUACGCAUUGGUGGACGAUGUGAAGCGUAUAUCCAAGAUUAAUUGGAAUGCGUUCACCCUCCGGGUUCUGCUGGACUGCCUUCGCAACUACUUGUACUGGGAGAAGGUUCAGCCUCUGGAAGGUGAAUGCUCAUUCAAUCCUAGCUUGUCCAUGGAACCUCUAAUGAGGAAUUGGACUGAAGCUGCAGCCUCUAGGAGAGACAAGUUUGAUUAUGACCACGGCCGUGGCCAUGUUAACAUCAAGAUUGAAGACAACAUAACCAAGGAGUAUAGGGUGCAGGAGCGCAAAGUUCCCGAACCAGAAAAGCCAAAAAUGAAGCCCGCCAUUGGUGCGGCAAAGAAGUCCAAGUUAGCCUCAAACGCGGACGAUAUGAUGAACCUCCUCAUGAAGCGGUGUAUGGAUUACUUACGCAGCCAAAUGAAGGAAAUACCGAAACAAAGAUUGUUAGAGAAGUUGAACCAAAAUGGUGUGAUGUACAAGCCAGCGGCUGCUGCAGCUUCCGGCAACAACGAUGCAGACGAAGAAGUGGAUUCCUUUGAGAAUGAUGAGUGCGGCGCAACACCGGAGAACCCUUGGAUCGUAAGUAAUUCUCCUCGAGCAGAAUCGUCCGACAUUGACAUUUCUGCAAGUUCUAUCGGCAGGAUGGUGGGUAAGAGCAAGGGGAAAAAGUCUGCAGCAACCGCAAAAGAAGACGAUGUUAUAUCCGUGAAGCGCCGACGGACUGUUCCCAAGAAAUUUGAAUCUCACUUUGCACUUGACAAGCCCAGCAAGCGAAACGCACGCGUUCUGUUUAGUGACCAUGCCAUGGAAGGCUCUAUUAAGGACGAUUUGACACCGGAACUCAUCGAUGCUGUUGUUACGUUUGUGGAGGCAGCUGCUCGGUCUGAGAAGAAUAUGACAAAAAGAAUUAUCGAUGCUUAUCAGACACAUUUGGCUCUGCGCGUUGGUCAUGAUCAGCACCUCUGUCCAGCCUGGAGAUCCAAAUACCUUGUUGAUCGUGCUAAGGCACGAGACAACCCUAAACCGUCGAAAUACAACAUGGAUCGUGCGCUGAGCAGAGCUGGAGCAGUACGUAGGGUUCUGGACGAGUAUACCGUCUGUGAUAAGUCGUUUAUCCUGUUGAACGUCGGCAAUACACACUGGAUCACCGUGGUGAUGCACAACCGCAAGAAAGAAUUCCGAGUUUUUGAUUCGCUUUAUCCUCUCGAGUUCUCUCUCGACACUGUGAAAGCACUGCGACCAACAAUAGCAAUUGAUAUGGAAGAGGCAAACCGUAUUACACCUGGCAAAUAUCCAGACGUCACUAAGUGGCCUACCACAGCUCAGAUGGACAUGCCACUACAAGAGGACGG